AUGAGAUAAGACGAUUAUUUCAGGGUAUUGGAGAAGGAGAAGAAAAAGGAGGACCUAAAACGACAGGAAUAGCAGAGAUUGGAGGAGGAAGAGGCAAGGAGACAAAAAGAGUAGGAGAAGUUGAUUAAAGACAAAGAGGAGAUCGACAGUGAUUCGAAGGACAAGGACAAAUCCGCUAGGGAUGACAAAAGCAUAAAAAUACAGAUCGAUGAGGAGAGAAAUACCAAAGAGAAGGAGUAAAGGAAGAAGAUGCUAGAUAAGAAAGCGGAUAAAUAUGAUAAGCAAUUGGAGAGUUUGAGGCCAGAGCAAUUGGUGGAGAAUGAGAUUGGCAAGCCUUAUUAUAUAGUGCCUGACGAUACUAAAUUGGAAAUCAAUAAAGAACUAAUAGAGAGGGAGGAUAAUAAAGUUAGGAGAUGGAAGGUUUUUAUAAAUGAAAUAAGGUUAGAGAAUCUACAAAAGGAAUAAUUAUCAGUUUUCUUGAAUUUCCGAAUUGGUUAAAUUGGGAAAACGGCUAAUAAGUAUGCAGAUGUGUCAAGUGGUGAAGUUUUUUUUAAAUCUGAAAUCUGCAAGGAUCUAAAAAGAAGUGAGGUCAAGGUUAUUAAGGUUAUGUUUGAAACAGAAAUGCAUCUAUCUUAUUAAAUGCUUAAGGAGCGAUAUUUCGUGAUUGAGGUAUGGGAAUAUAGAAGAUUUCGCUUGAAUUUGUUUUUGGGUAAAAUUCAAGUGUCCUUACUAAACAUUGCCUCUGGAAAUAUUAAGAAACAAGAUGAUAUUAAGAAGGCAUUUGGAGAAAGAAGGUAGUUUGCUAGGAUCUAUUACAAUGUCUUAUUUUAGGAAGUGUGGGAUUACAAAUUGACAUUUGAAGCUUGGAAGGGAUCAAACAUCAUAGCAGAUCAAGGGAAAGAGCAUGAUCCUAAAAUACAAUUGACUUUGAUGACUGAUGAACUUAUUUAACCAUAAGUUGAAUCAGAACAAAUUAAGAAGACCAAGAACCCAAAUUUUAGAAAUCUCAAAGGGUACAUGCAUUUUAGAGGAACUAUGGAGGAUUUGACAUAAUAAAUGAUGAAAGUCACCUUGUUGUUUGAUGCUUACUUUAAUAAAGCUGAAAAAUUGGUUUCACUAAGAGGAAUACAAGAUACCAAUUACUUGAAAGUGCAAUUUAGAUUGAAACUUAAAAUACCUCCACCGAGAGUGAAAAUAGCCAAGCAACCAAAGAAGAAAAAUAAACAAAAAAAGAAGUGGGAUGGGAAUGAUGAAGAUGAUGACGAGGAUUUAGGAGACGAUGAAGAUGCCUUAAGAGAUGAAGCAUAUAUAGCUAUUAUUGAAGGAAGAGUAAAUCUCAAUAAGGUACCACGAUAUUCUCAAAAUGGGGAACUCAAUACCUACAUUCCAGAAUAAUAUUAUCUUGUAGUUACGAUUAAUAGACUAAACAGUGUAUUGAGUCCAGAUGAUAGAGGAGUCAUCAACACAUAUUUGACUGUGGCCUGGAGAGAUCAGGCUAAAACAACCAGAAUGAUUAAGAAUGAUCCUAAUCCAUCUUAUAAUGAGGAACUGUACUUCAGGAUACCUAUCCUGAGAAGAGAGAAGACCUUCGAAGAUAUAAUUAAUUAAAAAACAGACAAGGAUUUACUUAUAGAUGCUUUACGUGAGGAAUUAAAAUCAAGACCAGACAUCACUAUACAAUUGUGGUUAGAUGGAUAAGAUAUCUUGAGUGAUGAAUCUUUGGGAUACUGCAGAAUUUUUCUAUCUGAAAUUCAAAAGGCAAGCAAAUUCAAAAAGACAUUGUUGACUGAUGACAAUAAACGAUAUUAGUUUGAUACUCGUGAAGCUACAUUUACUAAGAAGUUUGAGAGUGGACUCUUCAACGUUAGUCACAUUUAAAUUACCUUUUAGGCCUUCUUUGCUCCUGAUUUGCCUGAAGAAUUAAAUUUGGAGGAAUUUUGUGAGGUUCCUGAUGAUAUAUAUCCUUAUCAAAUUUCAGAUCAACUCUCGGUGAAAAAGGAUCAUGAAGAUAAUGAGGAGUAUCAAUCAUGGGACAAAUAUGUGAGAGGUAAUUUUUCAUAGUUCGGUUUGGAAAAGACAGCUUACAACAUAUUUUUUAAGAAUAUCUUUGUUAGAGAUCAAUUUAAUUAUUAUCAUUUGGUUUGUAAGUAUUUGGAGAAGUUCUACAUUAAAUUUUAGAGUGAAGAGGCCACUAAUGAAUUGUUUGCCAAUCCCAAAGAUAUUAGGAUGAAAAACUUACAUGAAAUGUGUCAUUUUGUUAGAAAUAUCCCAUUUAUUUAAGACUCCUUUUCAAGGAAUGAUGUUUGGAGAUCACCUGAUUUCUUGUUGAAAAUACGAAAAGGGUUUAUCCAUGAUCAUGCCAUCCUUGGAGCUUGUUUGUUUAUGGGAUUUGAGAGAGAAGAUAAGAAGAGAGAACACGAAAAAGAUUUUCAUAAAUACAUUCCAUUCGAACAUAGAGUUUUUGUUUGUUUAGGCACUCUUAAGCACAAUUCCUAAUUCCAUGCUUGGCUUAUGGUUUUUUCACAUGAUUUAUCUGGCAUUACCUUUUGGGAUGUUUAGGAAGAUUUCCAUAUGCAUUUGGAUGGAAGAGUGAGAAAGGAUAAGAGAGCAGCUUUAAGAAAGUUUUUGUAUGCUGAAAAACCAGUGGUCAAGAAGGAUGUUGGAUUUGGAUUGGGAGCUCUAGGUAAUUUAGGAAAGGACAAAAAGAAACCAUUAUCGAAGAGGAAAUAACUAAUGGAGUAGAAGAAGAAAGAAUUAGAAAAAGCGUAAAUGGAAUAGGCUUAGAAAAAGUAGAAAUAAAAUGAAAUGCUAAUGUAAUAAUAAAAAGAAGCAGAGGAGAAGAGGAGGAAGGCUAGAAAUAAUGCUACUUUCUAACCUGAAGAUGAUGGCAGAGGAGAUCAGGAUGAAUAAGUCAUAGAAACAAUUCAGUUGGAAAAGUUGAAUGGAAAUAUCAAACUUAAAAAUCCAAGAUAAAUGGGAGAAGACGGAGUGAACAAGAAGAGGAGGAUGGCAAGAAGUCUACUGUCAAAGGGGCAGGAUCAGUUCCACAAAAAAAGACAUUUACAAACCCUUUGUUUGUUUAUAGAGAGACUGCGAAAUAAACUGCUAUUGCUAAGAAGUAGGAGGCCGAGGAUGAAAUCUUAAGAGCCAAUCCUAUUGCCAAAUUUUCAAAGAUUGAUCGUUUCUUUGAUAAAAAUGGAAAGGAUUGCAGAUCCUGGACAAUUGCCAUAUGAAACCAUUGAGAUUAUCUUUAAUAACAAAAAUAUAUUUGGUAAUAUGGCUAAUCAGAAACCCUAGGAAAUCUUCUAUCAUUUGCAUGACAAAAGGUUAUGGUACCCCUUCAUUAAGGAGACUGUUCCAAAUAAGGAAGAGAGUGAAGAAGAAGAGGAUGAUGAAGAUGAUGAUACUAAUAUAUAAAUUGAUGAAGAAGAACUUUAAGAUCAAAUGAAAUAAAAGAGCGAAGAAUUCAUAUAAAAAACUUGGAAUCAAAAAGUAGGAGCGUUUUAUUCAGCUCAAAUUCUCAAAGAACCAAUUAAAAAGAAUAGAAUUAAGAGACUAUUAGAGGAUAUAUUCAUGGAAGUUAAAUAAGGAGUAGAAAAAGCAAGAGGAAAAAGUUCACUUUUUACUAAAUGGAAACAUGAUUUAGAUGGGAUUAAUAAGAAAAUGGAAUAAUAUUUGAAAAUAUUAGAAUAUAAAACUACUUAUAGAACUAUUAAGGUAGUGUAAUAGAAGCACGAUGAUGAGGCGGUUGCUAAAUGGAAUCAUAUCUAUAAGAGUAGAAGUUAUGAGGAAAUCAUUGAGUAAUGGAAAAAAGAAGUCAAAGCAAUGCUACCUUUAAAUACUCAUUUGUGUCUAUUACCAAUGAGAUUUAAUUAUACUGAAUCUGAAAAAAUAAGAUCUGUCAUUGUUGAAAAUAUGGAUCCUUUUUUUAUGAGAAGAGAUAAUAAGAUCAUUUUUAAUCUAGCAGGAAAGAUCUUCAACUAUCCAAAUAGAAUUGUAUGUGUUCGAUUGGUUCUAGGAUAUUCAUAUUGUUAAAAUUUAGAUGAAAUCAAAAAGAAAGAGGAAAGUGAGGAUGAUGAAUAAAAUCAAGAAGGUGAAAUUGAUAUUCAAAAACCAAUGCUUGAUGACCUUGAUGCAGAUGAGGAUGAAAAUGCAGAUUUAUUAAAAAAGAAAAAUGUUGAUAAUUAAUAGUGA